UCAAUAAGCCAUUAUAGAAGUUUCAACAAAUGGGUUCCGAUUUUAUUCACAGUUCUGAAAUGGUAGAUAAUGUUUCUGAAAAGACUCAGUUUUACGUGGGAUUGGAGAGAUGUAUUGAAGAUUUGAAGGUGUAUUUGUUCGACAGCCAGGUGUCGGUCGUCGGUGUGCAUGGUAUGGCAGGUGGUGGGAAGACUACUCUUGCAUUGGCUCUAUGCAAUGAUAUACAAGUUAAAGAUUAUUUUCACAACAAUGUGAUUUUUGUCAGAGUCUCACAAUCCCCAGACCUAAAAGGGAUAUUAGAGACUGUUUGGGAGAAGAUAGCUGGAAGGAAAAGACCAGAGUUUAAGGAUGUGGAAAAUGUACACAUGGAGCUGCAGCAGUUGAUUUUGAGUCAAUCUAAUUCAAUUCUAAUUAUUUUGGAUGAUGUUUGCUCUAUAAACAGUUUGGAAAAAUUAUUAUUUGAAGUUUCAGGAUGCAAGACUCUCAUAACUACCAGAGACAAGUCAAUAAUACCCACAAAUUCCUCUACACAACUCUUUCAACUACCAUUGUUGGGCCCAAAGGAUGCUCUCUCACUUUUCUGCUUCUGGGCUACUGGACAGACAUCAAUUUCAAGUGAUACAGAUGCAAAUAUAAUGCAGGAGGUGCAAGCAAAAUGUGAUGGUCUGCCACUUGCUCUGAAGGUGAUUGGAAGUUCUUUGCAUGGGGAACCCCACGAGGUCUGGAAGAACAAGCUUUCUAAAGGAGAAUACAUAUCAGAUUAUGAGAAAAAAGGGUUAUUUAGAUCAUUGCAAACCAAUAUUGACUCCUUGGAGGAUGUAACCAAGGAGUGUUUUUUAGAUUUGGCAAUAUUUCCACAGGACAGGAAAAUAUGUGCCGAUGCACUAUUGGACAUUUGGGUUUAUGUUCGAAAGCUAGAGAAGCAUAAUGCUUUUGCCAUAUUAUCAGAACUCGCAAACAAAAACCUGUUAAAGUUUACAAGCAAAUCAAGGGGAAGUAAACCAAUCUCAUAUGAAAAUGCUUCGGAGUUAUACAUUUCCCAACAUAAUGUAAUGCGAGAUUUGGUAUCAUAUUUGGCACACAAAGACAAUACAAUCCACAGCAAGAGGUUGGUCAUAACAAGGAUGGAGUGUGGUUUGCUAAGUGAAGGGGAGUUGAUUAAUGAUAGUGCUUUGGACACUCAAAUUCUCUCUGUUCUCACAGAACCUAUGGAGGAAAAUCACUGGCAUGCUAUUGAUUUCCCCAAGACAGAGGCUCUGUUGUUAGCCUUCACUUCAAGAGAAUAUAUUCUUCCCCUAUUUUUGAAAUCCAUGAAAAAACUCAAGUUUUUGAUGGUAUUCAAUUGCUGUACAAAGAAGGCAACAGUGAAAGGUCUAGAAGUCUUAUCUUCGCUCCCUCAACUCAAGAGUAUCCGCUUGGAGAGGCUGAUUUCACCCCUUGGUGGAAAACAGAGCAUUGAAGAACUACAGAGCAUAGAGAAAAUAUCUUUGAGCUUAUGUGAAGGAUUUAGAACUAUAUCCACAUUCGACACAACCAAGCUACAACAUUUUAACCUAGACCACAGUAGUGAUUUGGAAGAGUUGCCUGUUGAAAUCUGCAAUAUGCCCUCUGCUCUGUCAUGGUCUAUUACAAACUGUCAUCUGCUUCAGAAUUUACCAUAUGAUCUUGGAAAUAUGAGCCACCUAAGAAUAUUAAGGCUUUCGGCAUUACCAGGCCUGAAAGAGCUUCCAGUAUCAAUUGGAAAACUUGAAGAGUUGGAAUAUCUGGACAUUUCAGUAUGUGAGCGCUUGAAACAACUUCCAAAGGAAAUAGGGCAACUCAAGAAAUUAAGGGAGUUUGAUAUGAGGGAAUGUUCUCGUUUGAGAAGGUUACCCACAACUGUUUGUGAACUCAGUUGCCUGAAGCUUGUUGUGUGUGAUGAGAAGAUUGGAAAGCAGUGGAUGAGGGCCAAGAACAUUUCUAUACCGGAGCUUAGAGUUGAGAUUGUGGAAGCUCACUUUAGUUUGGAUUGGCUUGAUGAUUAAAUUAUAAGAAUAGUUUAAAAGAUGAGAAUAUUAUCAAGGAUGAAAUCGGGCUACAGACUAAAUGCCUUCUCUCGGCUUCAGUGUAAGGUCUCACUAUUCGGGUUACACUUCAGUUCUGAUCAUAACCUCUAUGCCUAUAUUUUUAGCUUAUGGGUCUGAUUGAUCAUUUUGCUAUGUUCAAUGCAGUAAACAUUCUAGAACGAUGACAUUUAUUCCUCCUAUUUUAUCUAUUGAAUAGUAAUGUUAUCUUUGUUGCAUCUUAUCACUUUAAAAUGAAAAUGCCACCCCAUAUUUAUCAAUAGUGAAGCUGUGAG